ACAUUCAUGGACAUUGGUUUUGUAGUUCAUAUCCACGUUUUCAAUGUUCAUAGAGGGAGUAUCGCUUUCAGGGAUCACCGAAAAGCAGGCCAUGACAUUUCUCAGUCUUCUCUCUGCUAGCAAUUUCUACUGAAUUUUUAUAGCGAUUUGUCAAGUAAAUCCACUUAAAUUGACAAUUUUGGGAAACUGUGAUCUUAAUUAAAAUAAGUAUCAUACGCACGAUUAUGUUGAUUUUUGAAUAAUCUUAUCGUAAAAACAUGUCUAAGACAAGAGCAAUUCCGCAUAACCUUGUUCAAUGGGACCAGAGUGACAAUCCUUUGGCCCCAUUGACAGUAUGUCAAAAGGACUGCUUAACGAAUCUAGAGGAUGCGAUAUCUUCGUACUUCCCCUCAUCGAAUCUGCAAAGCAAUGUAAUCCAUAGCGAUGAAGAGAAAUUGCAAAAGGAUCCCCAGGAAAACAUUCUUCCGAUAGAAAGGUAUCAGGAGUUACUUCAGCGUUACUUGUCCUUGGAGAGGAAAUACAUGUCCAUGUAUGAUAUGAAGUACAAUCGUUACCUCGAGGAGCUGAAAUCAAGGAGGUCUGAGUGCCACGAGGUUUGUUGCCAGAUAGAGAAGGCGUUGGAUGACUUUUCUGCGCUCUAUAAACAGUAUAACGAGGUUUCUGCCAAAACCACUUCUCUGUACGACGCUAGCGAGCAGCUUAUUUCUGAUCAGAAGCAGCUGAACGCCACGAUUGACAGUAUUACGGAAUAUGUUAAGUAUUUCAAGGAGAUCAAUAUGAUCACAGAAAAGCUGGAUGCACCCACAUUGUUGAUUAAUAGCGAAAUGUUUUUCUCUAUAUUAGACAAAAUUGAUACGAAUAUAGAUUUCAUGCAGAGUAAUUCGUCGUACAGCGAAAGUGGAGUUUACUUGGUACGAUACAGGCAUUGCCAGUCGAAAGCAAUCACGUUGAUACAGAAUUAUAUUUUUAAUCUAUUUUCUAAAACCACAGAGAGCAUUUUAAAUUUGAAGGACGGUGAGAGCUCGGGAAAUCCAGACACAGCGCUCGCUUUAUUCUAUGGUAGAUUUCAGACAAUUUUGUCCAAGACAAAACCAGUCAUUGAGCAGAUUGAAAGCAAAUCGUAUAAGAGGCAAGAGUAUGACAGUCUGUUGCUCGAGUGUCAUCAGUAUUAUUGGAGUCAGCGAGGUUUAGUGUUGGGCGCAAGUAUACAAAAGUCUUUGAAUUCUGUCAGAGAGAAAUACAACGGUGACCACUGUAGCUUGGUACGACACUCUUGUGCGCUGCUUUUGCACGCAUCCAUAGAUGAACAUAAACUCUUUUAUGAAUUUUUUUCGAAGCAAUCGAGCGGGCUGACCGCCUAUUUGGAGAGUUUGUGCACAUCGCUGUAUGAUGCAUUACGACCUUUUAUAAUUCACAUCAAUCAUCUCGAGACAUUGGCAGAAAUCUGCUGUAUUUUACGAAUAGAAAUGCUGGACGAAUAUGUACAAAAUAAUUUUGAACCAUUGGAAGGCUUUGGAAACAUAUGCUUGCAACUGUUACACGAUGUGCAGGAGAGAUUGGUAUUUCGUGCACACUUAUAUUUGCAGUCUGACGUGUUGAACUACAAUCCUUCGUCAGGAGACUUGGCGUAUCCAGAAAAAUUGAAGAUGAUGGAGGACAUAGCGGAGUCGAUUAGAGAAGAGACUCGCCAGACUCGCAUGAAGAAGAUUUCAGUGUCAUCAGCUGACAGUUCUGUCCUAGAACCAGUCUCUAGGAAUCAUAUAGUCAUCGAUUCCAUUUAUCAAAAGACACACAUGGGAAGUUCUCCAGCAGACUUACAUGCCAUGUGGUAUCCCACGGUUCGCAGGACUCUGGUGUGUUUGUCAAGGCUUUAUCGCUGCGUGGAUAGGUCUGUAUUCCAGUCGUUGAGCCAGGAGGCAAUUUCCCUUUGUGUCCAAAGCAUCGAGAAUGCCAGGCAAGAAAUUGAGAAGAGAGCGAGCACUCUGGACGCGGAAUUGUUUCAGAUAAAACACUUGCUGAUCCUUAGAGAGCAGAUUGCACCGUUUCAAGUUGACUUUACUAUCAAGGAAUAUAGUUUGGACUUUUCCAAAGUGAAGACCGCUGCGUUUGGGCUGCUUGAGAAAAGUUCCAGGCUCUUCACUUUAUCGAACAAUGCAUUGUUACAGUUUCUCUUGGAAGGUGCACCACAGAUGAAAGAACAGCUCAUCGAUUCGAGAAAACAUGUGGAUGCAAAGUUAAAGUUUACAUGUCAACAAUUGAUACAACACGCAACUUAUUUAUUGAUUAGUCCCAUUAUCAAGUUGUUGGAAAAGGACAGAUUGCACGAUGUAAAUUCCAGUCAGGAAAAUUCACUAGGAAAUGCAAAGGAAGUGGCAGAUAUAAUAGUUGAUGUUUUAAGGAUAAUCAAGUUUAAAUGUCCCGAGAUACAACAAUCGAUGCAGUUAUAUUUGGCUAAUAAAGAAACUGAAUUUAUUUUAUUUAAACCUGUAAAAAAUAACAUUUGUGCCGCGUUUACGCAAUUGCAUCAAAUAUUGAAUAAGUAUUAUAAUGCGGAAGAGCUUUUGUUGAUUGCAUGUCCUUUACCAGAACAAAUUUCUGUCAUGUUGAGUUCAACAACUCUAGUUCAAGGAAAAUUAAAUCGAGAAUCGCAAUCAACUCUGAAAAGAUCACAGUCGAUUACUAAACAAGAAGUUUAAAUUGCAAGAUUUAUUUUUUACUUUUCAAAAUUAUAUAGAUUAUUGGACAGAAUAGUGAGUUAGUUGUAAUAGUUAUGAGUUAGUUGUAAUAAAACGAACAGGAAUAAAAAUUUUAUAUGCGAGAUG